UCCCUCACAUCCCUUGUAGACAGCAAUUAAGCAUUGAGGAUAAAACACACAGCCCGAGAGAGCGCCGAGGCUUUUCUCCCCGAGAUGGCGAGCCGGACAGCUCUCUCCCUCCGAGCGGGAGCCUUCCUCCUCCUCCUCCUCUCCAUCCUUCAGCCCACGAGGCAAGGAGGGGUCCCAGGAGCUGUUCCUGGGGCUGUUCCUGGAGGGGUCUACUAUCCAGGAGCUGGUGUUCUUGGAGGCCUUGGAGCUGGAGGUCUUGGAGCUGGGGGUCUUGGAGCUGGGGGUCUUGGAGCUGGAGGCCUUGGAGCUGGAGGACUUGGCGCCGGAGGCAAACCACCCAAACCAGGUAUCGGCGGUCUUGCUGGACUUGGGGGAGGCCCUGGAGGACUCGGAGCAGGGCUGGGCGGCUUCCCAGGAGGGGGCUACCCAGGGGGACUGCUGACGGGCCCCGCCGCAGGGGCGGCUUACAAAGCAGCUGCCAAGGCUGGUCUCGGGGCCGGUGGCGUCGGAGGGGUCGGAGGGGUCGGAGGUGUCGGAGGUGUCGGAGGCGUCGGAGGCGUCGGAGGCGUCGGAGGGGUCGGCGGAGGAGUGUCCACAGGUGCCGUGGUGCCCCAGACUGGGGCCGGAGUCGGGGCCGGAGGGAAGCCAGGGAAAGUUCCAGGUGUGGGACUUCCCGGAGUCUAUCCAGGUGGCGUUCUUCCAGGAGCAGGGGGACGGUUCCCCGGAGUCGGGGUCCUGCCAGGUGUGCCGACGGGAACCGGAGUCAAGCCCAAAGCCCCAGGAGGAGGCGGAGCUUUCGCAGGAAUUCCAGGAGUUGGACCUUUCGGAGGUCAGCAGCCAGGAGUUCCCUUGGGCUACCCUAUCAAGGCCCCCAAGCUCCCAGGUGGCUACGGACUGCCCUACAGCACCGGAAAGCUGCCCUAUGGUUACGGCCCAGGUGGGAUUGGCGGAGCCGGGGCAGGAGCGGGGAAAGCGGGCUACCCCACUGGGACAGGAGUUGGUUCUGCAGCAGCUGCAGCAGCAAAAGCAGCUAAGUAUGGUGCUGGGGCCGGAGGGCCUGGAGCACUUCCUGGCUUUGGGACCGGAGCUGGAGGACUUCCUGGCAUUGGAGGCAUUGCUGGAGCUGGGUCCCCAGCUGCAGCCGCAGCCGCAGCUGCUAAAGCAGCCAAGUAUGGAGCUGCUGGAGGCUUAGUACCAGGUGUUGGUGGCAUCCCAGGGAUCGGAAGUGUUGCAGGUGUCCCUGGUGUUGGAGGUGUUCCAGGCGUUGGAGGUGUUCCAGGUGUUGGAGGUGUCCCAGGUGUUGGUGGUGUCCCAGGAGCAGUGAGCCCAGCUGCAGCAGCCAAAGCAGCAGCUAAAGCAGCCAAGUAUGGGGCCCGAGCUGGCACCGGAGUUGGGGUUCCUGGUUUUGGCGUGGGUGCCGGAGGCCUUCCCGGCUUUGGGGCUGGUACUGGAGCUGUUCCUGGUGCAGGUGUCGGUCCCGGAGGCAUCCCUGGGGCAGCGCUCUCCCCCGCUGCCGCCGCCGCUGCCGCCAAAGCAGCUAAGUAUGGUGCUGGAGGUCUUGGAGGAAUCGUUCCCGGCGCUGGCAUCCCAGGUGUGGGGAUUCCAGGUGGCGUUGGAGGCGUUGGCGGCGUUGGCGGUGUUGGAGGCGUUCCAGGAGCCCAAUCAGCCGCCGCCGCCAAAGCCGCCGCCAAAGCCGCCCAGUACGGGUUAGUCCCAGGUGUAGGAGGACUAGGAGGAGUCCCUGGGGGUGCUGGUGCUGGAGCCGGAGCUAUCCCAGGAGCAGGGACCCCGGCAGCCCAGGCUGCGGCCAAAGCAGCCGCCAAAGCCCAGUACAGAGCUGCCACUGGGAUCGGAAUCCCUGGCUACCCAAGCAGAGCUGUAGAUGGCUUGGUUGGUGGUCCUGGCUACGGGACUGGCGCAGUUCCAGGAUCCCUGGCAGCGGCGAAGGCGGCUAAAUACGCGGCCGGAGGAGCUGGAGCCCUGGGAGGCCUGGGAGGGGCUGGAGGCAGCUUGAUACCUGGCGUGGCCGGAGUCCCCGGUGGAGUGGCUGGAGGUCUGGGAGGUGUUCCAGGAGCAGGUACCCCUGCGGCAGCCGCAGCCGCCAAGGCCGCCGCCAAGGCCGCCCAGUACGGCGUUGGAGGAGCCGGCGGGCUCGGAGGCAGAGGCAUCCCCGGCGUUGGAGGCAUCCCCGGCGUGGGAGGCGUCCCAGGUGUAGGAGGCAUCCCAGGUGUGGGAGGCGUCCCAGGAGCAGGAUCUCCAGCUGCAGCCGCCAAAGCCGCUGCCAAAGCAGCUAAGUACGGUGCUGCCGGUGGCCUCGUGCCAGGAGCUGGAGGCCUCGUGCCAGGCUUUGGAGUUGGAGGCUUGCCAGGGACCCGAGGGCUGCCAGGGGCAGCAGGUGCCCCGUCCCUUGGCUAUGGAUAUUCACCUAUUUUCCAAGGUGCUGCAGCUGCUGGACUGGGAUAUGGUGGAAAACCUCCCAAACAGUACGGAGGCGCCCUAGGAGCCCUGGGAUAUCGAGGGGGCCCGUGUGUGGGGAAGAUGUGCGGCCGGAAGAGAAAGUAGAUGUUCCCAGAAAACCCGACCCGCGACCUCAUGAACUUUGGUGCUACUGCCUAGUCUAGAAUGUAUACCUUGAGUGACUCCCUCUCCCGCCCCUGGCCCUCCCUCCCCUCCCCCUCUCCCAGGUCAGAUCCUUCUCACUGGAGGGCUCCUGCAGGCCCCCACCCGUCCGGGGGCCCCGGGGCAAGCAGGCCCAAGAACCAGGGCUCAGCUUGGAACUCGGGCCCCUGCCCUAAAAGAACGGGGACGGGGGGAGGGGCCAGCUCCCUCCCCCCACCCCAUUCCCACCUAGGAGCUCUCCCCUCCGUAUUCAUGAUCUUGAGGGAAAAAUGGUGCUACUCGUUGGUGCUUCUCACGUUCUUGGGGGCGAGGGAGGAGGGAAGAGGGGAGUCCCCUGGAGGAGCCCCUCCCCCAGGGGCUCCUCCAAGCACAGUCCCGGGUGUUUGCAAGACCUGUCCCCACCGGGAAAGGCCAGCCCAGGCCCCAGCCCCGCCGUGCUCCCCCCGGGACGACCGGUCUUUGGGGUUGGGUCCGUUUGCCUACCUUGUACCCAAGCACUUUAAGUCCGCCUCAGUCCUGGUUUUGACCCACCUGGAUCUGACCCCCCCCUUCAGAGGGCUGUCCCUUCAGUCUCCCCCGGCGCUCUUCAUACCAUCCGUGGAGCCCGAAGACUGGGAACAGCCAUCUUUUGGGAAUCCCUCCUUCCGCCCCCCUCCCCGCCCACCCCUCACCCCCCAAAGCCCCCCAGUCUGGCGAGAGGCUCCUGCCCAGCAGACUUGAAUGUCCCUCGGUGAAGCCCUCCACCUGUAGGCCCUGUCCUGGUCUCCCCCCCUCCCCUCCCCCAGCCCGGCCCCCACAUCCGCCUCUGGCGUCGGGAGUGGGGGAACGCAUGCAUGUACUCGCCAUUGACAGCGACUCCAGCCCCGCCAGGCCGCGGAGGAGGCCGAGCCCGGGGCAGUGGCGGGAGGGGAAUCGGAGGGAAACGCGGGCCCAGAGCCCCUGCCCGUCCCUGGCAUAUCUCACACAGCAGUACUGUAUCCUGUCCCUUGAGCCCCUGGGCGUCAGAGCAACUCUUGCCAACAUUCAGGCCCCGUCUCCGUGUCUCGCUGUGAUAGAUCAAUAAAUAUUUUAUUUUUUGUCCUGGAUACUUGGGGUUUAUUUUGGUUGGGGAUUUUUUGUUUGGUUUUGUUUUGGGGGGUUAAAUUUUUCUGGUUCGGGGAGCUGCAUUCCCACAGAGGGGCGCUGACCCCCCUGCAUCCAUUUUAAUCACUUUGGUAUCACUUUGGAUGGAACACACUUUUUUUUUUAUAAGAAAAGGAAAGUAACUGCUUCAGAAAACAGACUAAUAAAUGAAAACCUUUUAAAGGAAA